AUGGGACCCCCCCAACGCACCCAAAGGAGGCGGGAGGACGCAGCGGUCCGGGCGCGAGUCACAGCCGAGUCGGGGGCCCUCCCGGUCCGGAGGCCUAGGCAGUGGCGGCGGCGGGGGCGAUCCCACACGGAGGAGACGUUGAGGGCGGCACAGGCUGGAAGAAGCCGGAGCGGCCGCGGCGGAAUGACAGGAGCGCGGGUCACGUGA